AAUAUUAAAAAGAGAAUAAAUUACAAUUAUUGUCAUAAUAAGUGAAUUUAAAUCCACCACAUGUAACCUCACCUCCCAUUUAUUUUUGAGAAGAUCAAAUCCCUCCGAUGCUUUAACUUUACAACUUUUUUUCUUCUAAUUAUUAACAAUCUAAAACAUAUUGCUUCUAUUCUCUCACUCGAAAACUUUUACUUUUUCAUUGAUGAAGCUUUGUAUUUGUUACUUAAGAGGUUCUUGAAAUUUUUAAUAAUUGUUAUGACCAAACUUUCUUCAAUACUCUAUAUGAUUAAGGUUCAAAGGAAAUCCACAUUUUCUAAGUUAUCUUUUCAUUUUCUUGUCUUAUUUAAGUCUAACCACAAUUAGGGCUCUUUCUUCAAUUUCUUUUCUUUCUCUCUCUACUUUAGAACUCUCCUCCUUCUAACUACAUCUUCCCUAAGUUCAACUUUUUCUAGUGCUCGGAAGCCUUCAGCUUCACAAGUUUUUUAGGUGUUGGGAAGCCCUCCGGCUUCUCAAGCACGAUGGAGAUGGCCUUUCGUGCUCUUGUGUUCGAUGACCACCUUGAGUGGUCUAUCGAUAUGUUUUGUGGCCCCUUUAGUGGCCUUUUUCAUUUCUUCCUUUACUAUUUCUUGUUUUUCUUUGUUUUGUUUACUCAAAUCUGGUCGCCAACAUGCCAACAAAGCAAAAAUUAGGGGUUGGCCGUUGCUUGUCUUGAUCUUCUUGCCACGGCAUCUUAGAGGGCGAGCUCAUCUUUAAGAGCAGAUUGAAGGAUGUUUAAUUCUUGAAACAAUCGACCAAAAGAAUUUGUAAAAAUCAAGUUUCUUAGAUAUU